GAACACAGGCGUGUCCAGGAAAGCGCUGCGCGCAUGCGCCUAGAGAAGCCGGUCGGGUGGGGGGCCGCACCCAGGCCCCGGGAGGCGGAAGUGGAAACAUGGAGUACUGUCUGGUGGCCGCGGCGCUGAACGGGGUGGACCGGCGCUCGCUGCAGCGCUCGGCUCGGCUGGGGAGGGAAGUGCUGGAGCGCGCCAAGAGAAGGGCAGUGGACUGGCAUUCUCCAGAGCGAUCCAAAGGCAGCGUGGGGGUCCUUUACCGCCAGUGCCCCUAUCAGGAACGAUGGUCGGUCCCCGGUCCCCAGCGCCUCCUAGGAGAGAGAGAAGAAAGGCGCCCCACCCUUAGUGCUUCCUUCAGAACAAUGGCUGAAUUCAUGGACUAUACUUCAAGUCAGUGUGGGAAAUACUACUCGUCUAUGCCAGAGGAAGGGGGGGCAACCCACGUCUACCGUUAUCACAGAAGGAAGCCUCCAGAAAUGCACGUGUACUCAGACAUAGGGCAUGGUCAAGAACAGAGAAACGGCAAAGGAGAGACAUCUGUUGGUCCAGGAAGCAUCUACCAAACUUCAGAGCAUUCUCAAGAGGCACCCUGGCCUCCUGAGAACAUCUCUAAGGACCUCUACAUAGAAGUGUAUCCAGGGACCUAUUCUGUCACGGUGGGCUCAAGCCCCUUAACCAAGAAGACUCAUGUGGUCGCAGUUGACUCAGGGCAAAGCGUGGACUUGGUCUUCCCCGUAUGAAGCUGACCAUUGCUGCCAUUAUUUCACUCUUUAAGUAACAAGAAGAAUAAAGCUACAUUAUAAUUGCCUUAAUAA